GCCAUUUUUGUUUAAGUGAAAGACAUGAUGUUUGAAAGCUGGAGCUGUUAUUUACUUUAACUGUGUUUUAGCAAAUUAUCUUUGAUUACAUGUGGGCACAAUGUUGUCUGUAUAUGUAGUGUAUAGUAGGCUAAAUUAUCCAUUAGGGUGUACAGAAUAAAACAUGGCUGAAUAAUGUUUUGUAAAACACCGGAUAGAGGCUAACAUUUCAUUGUUUUUGACCUGAAAUUGGCCUUGAAUGCAGCCAAUUGAGUGCAGCCUAAUUUAAACGGUACACCACAACAGGUGCCCCCUCCUCCCCCCUUUUGGCUCCACCUGUCCUCCCUUCUCCGCAGCGCGCUGGCGACCCAGAAAGCAGCCGUCAUUCAUCAGCUGUGGUAUGCCGAUCCGCCGGGGGGCCGGAGCGCGGCGCAGAACCCCUCUGGUCACCGGAUCGGCGGCAGCUGCUCGGCCCCGGAGCUAUUUUCACCCUGAGGAUAAAGUGAUGUGCAGCGCGGCCCCGGAGGCUCCAGUCAGAGAGGAGCAGCGAGGAGCACAGAGAGGAUGAAGUCCACAGGCAACGCGCAGCCCGACGGCUUCACCUCCGACCUGGAGGACCUGGACAGCGGCAGCGACAGCUCGGACGGGAAGUCCACCGGAGACUGCAGCCCGUGCAGAGACCCGGGGGAGGAGGAGGCCGGUGACCGGAGAAGGAGAAGGCGGAGACGCAGCAGCAGCGGUGGCGACGGGUGUCUCGCCGGGGUGAGCAAACAGAGGCAGGCAGCCAACGCGCGGGAGCGGGACCGGACGCACAGCGUGAACACGGCCUUCACUUCGCUGCGCACGCUCAUCCCCACAGAGCCCGUCGAAAGGAAGCUCUCCAAGAUCGAGACGCUGCGCCUGGCCUCGAGCUACAUCUCGCACCUGACCAACGUGCUGCUGCUGGGGGAGGACUGCGGAGACGGGCAGCCCUGCCUCGGAUACCCGAGCAUCCUGCAAGGCGGCGCCGCCUCCCUGAGGCCCAUCUGCACUUUCUGCCUCAGCAACCAGAGGAAGCUGCUCAGAGAUGGAGGGAAACACUCGGCGUCAGUGUGAAGCGGACACACCUCCACCUGGAUGUUGUUUACACACACCUGUAGGACUUUGUACAUAUAUAAAUAAUACAUUUAUUUUUGGAUAAGCCUUGAGAAACAAAUUAACACUGAAAAGCACUUUCUGCUCACGCUGGUUGGUGUGCCUCUGAAUCUGUGUUUUGGUUGUAACCUGAGCCCAUGUGUAAAGUUGCACCUGGCGGAGGGGGGGUAUUUUGGUCCCACGAAUAGUACUAACCCCCCACACACACCAACACCUAAAAAAAAAAAAAAUCUCCGCCUUCAGUCACAUGCAGAAACUAAAGAGCAGCGACUGCCGCUGUCAGUUCUGCCAACACCGCCUUCAAGGAGCAUCAGAAAAUAUUUCAAUUAUUCAGGGUCACUUUAACUCUAGUGGUGAAGGUAGGAACUGCAUCAACACUGACAUCUUGUAUCACAUGCUCUAUAAAAUACAUACAUUACCACAUCACCACCUUCAUAAAAAAAAAUAUGAGACUUGUUCCUAAUCUGAAAAAGAUUAUCCCCAAAUGAAUGGAAAAUGUUUAAUAUUUUCUGUACCUGUCAUGUUUUGGCCUGAAAUCAAGAGAAGUGUUCCGAUAAAUAUAUAUAUUUUUGAAAUGUUUACUUACCAUUGUUGCACAGUCACUUUAAAAACACACAGCUGUGACGUUCUGUGUUCACAUGGCAUGCAAAGAGCAUCAGGUUGCACUAAUCUGGAGAAAACAUAAAUAUAUAAGUGAAGUGGAUCCCUGCAGCACACAUGAUGAACAGGUUGCACUCUACCUCAGAGCUGUGUUCAAACACAAAGGCCUACCUCUCAAUCAAAUGUGUCACAUGACUACCAGAAUGCACUUUGCACAUCAAAUACUGACUUGAAGAGACAUUUAUUUUUGUACAACACAAAUAAAAAUGAGAAUAUUAUCAACUGUCCUCUGCUGUU